CUUGUCUAUUGAAGGCGAUUUUUGAACGAAAAUUUCAUCCUUGAACCCGAAACCAGCGUCGCUCGUCGGCGUUUGCGAUCUGUAGAUGUGUACUUGUGAAAGCUUUUGUCGUCGGGCGCGAAAAGGAAGCAAAUUUGAAGCUUGGGAAGGAAAUCCAUUGCGUGAAAGAAAUGAGUUCUCAAGAGGGAAUCAUCAUAGUUCAAAAUGCUGGCAGGGCGGAUGAAUGUCGUGCAUGAAGCAGAUUUCAUACAAUCAUGGAGUCAGCUCCUGUGACUGAGAACACUUAUUCCACAACAGCUAAUAUGCAGACAGAAUCUAGAAGUAUUGUGAAGGAACCUAAAGCACCAGAGGGAACUCUACUACGUCAAGUUCAAGAUGCUAAAGAAAGUAUUACUGUCCUUAAAAAUCAGGUCUCCUUUGCAAACCAGUGUCUUAGUCUUCUUCGAAACCAAAUGAAGCAUGCCUCAGACACCUUGAACAUUCUUCAGGACCAAGUUGACUUAGCACAAAGAACUGUUAGCACUUUGACAGAAGGUAGUGCUACUGGAUUGGCAAUCCCACAGCCACAGAGUGCAGUGGCUACAGCAGGAGCAAGCAAGUCUCAAACAUCGUGGGUUUCUCCUACUGAAACAUCAGAUGAACAGAAGGUGAUUGUUCAUGACAGUGAGGGUCCUAAGGUAUACACUUUGAGCAAGUCAAGUAUGUCGUUAGGCGAUCAAAAUGCCCUUGCAUCAGACUGUGCAACAUCGCAUGAGCAUGGUCAAGUGCCAUGUGUUGUUCAUCAAGUCCCUGUGCAUUGUCACUGCCCAGCAUGCCUUUCCCAUGCAAAUGUCCAUCAUGUUCCACCGGCAUUUCAUCCCCAAUGUCAUGCCUCUCCUGCUAGAGCUAUCAUCCAAGUAGGCCCAGAUGUGCCUCCACCUCCACAUCAUGCUGCAAGCAUGGCUUCUAGUCACGUGGUGGUGAUGGAACCAACAAAUGUUUCGACAAGCCUAUCUCAAUCCAGUCCUACCAGUAAAAGUGCAUCUGGUCAAGAAGAGAGCAAAAACAGCUCAGGCGAAGAUAGAAGUUCAUCAAGGAAAGAGUCUGCUUCGACUUCUCCAAUGGCACACCAGUUGCUUCAGGUAAUUGAUGUCUUGCAAACAGUCGAUGAUGAAGUUGGUAGUUCCUGCAGGUCUAGCACACUUUCCUCUAUGUCUCGUGGUGUCCCUGUUGGUUAUGCUACGACAGGUGAUCACCUUAGCAUCCCAUAUGGAGGUGGUGCUGCCUCUUUCCACAAGUUUUCACGAAGACAUCGGAAGCAAAGCAUAAGUCCCGCUAAGGUGAUAUCCUCUGAAUCUCUGACAUCAGUAUUUCAAGAAAAAAACUCUUCAGUUAAGACUGUGCUCAGAGAUCACUUAGAGUUGAUGAGAGUGCCUGCUCCUGUACUAGCUGCUACCCUUGAGCCAGAGUUCCUUGUAGUUCCAUCCAGUAGCUACUCCUAUGACAGCCCACCAGCAUCAGCGACUGAUCGCCUUGGAAAAGAGGAAGACAGGAAGAAGAAAACAAAACCAUUCACCGAAAGCUUAUCGGCUGAGACGGUCGUGUCGUCGUCAGCAUCGCGGGAAGAGACACAUGUACCACCCGAACAGUCAAGCGGUGCUCCAGACGGAAAGGGAGUGUCGGAGGAGUGUAGAACCGAAGGAUCGUGUAGGAGAUUUGAUGACAAAUCGCAACCAAGUAGAGUUUCUAGUGAUUCUCGUGGCUACGUCUCGCUUACGUCUUUUCCGGAGAAAAACCAACAAACAGACUUGCAGAUUGACACAAACGGUCUUUGUUCGCCUAACAGGAGAUUUACAGGAACGAGCCCUUUGAACUCAGAUGUCGGAAUGCCGUUCAUGUGUCCCAAGACUGAAGCUAUAAGUACUGCACUGAACAAUACGACUGAGCCUGUGUCGUUGGCAGCGGUAGUCUCCCAAUUGGAACAUGCCCCUGAAAAGUCUCCAGUUUUGUCGACAACUUGUCACAUGACUGCAUCCCAGGCCCCACCCAUGGCUGUUAUCUCUUUAGCAAAUAACGUUGAAAGCGCGGUGACGCCGCAAAAAGUCACGUCUCCAACGAAAAAACCGAUCAUUCUGUCGAGACGAUCGUCUCGAAGUAGCGAACAAAACAUUCCCCAGGGGCUCGUGGUACUCGUCCCCACGAUAGAGGAUGCCAAGCGCCUGAUAGCAUCCACAGGGGGCAGUUCAGACGGCCACACCCCUGUGUUAGUUCCUCAACAUAUGUUGAAUGAGAUUCACGCAAAAAACGCCGUUUCUGAAGAUGAUCGAGACGUGCAACGGCAAAUACUCGGAAAGCGAAGUCGUGAUAUGGUUUCCCCUCCGCGUCCCCCUCCGCCAAAGAGAUCGGCUGUUGAUUCAGUUGUUAUCGAUUAAGAUGCGUUUUGUAAAUAUAGGUUUAUCGAGAAGAAAUAUUUAUUUAAGUGUUGUAGAGAAACAAAAUAUAUAGCAUCUGUUGGAAACGUUAA